CGGGAUGACGUCAGCGCCGUCUGAUCGCCAUGGCUGGUGCGCGCGAACGGAUAGGAAAAGGGGGGCAGAGCGAGCGCGCGACAGGGAGGAAGGAAAAAAACUCCCAGCAGGCCGAGACGGGGUCACGAACUAUGACCUUUCACAGGAGAAAAACAAUAACAAAUCAUUUGUAUUAACCGUAACAACUGUAAAACUGCGCACACUAACGUCACAGGUCCAGCUGGUAAUAACAGAUGCUGCAGUGGCCUUGCACCAAUAAGACACUGCUAAUGACCUUGCAUCAGCAUGACGACCAACCUGGCGAUGCUGGCUCAGCAAAUAGUGACCACUGAGCGGGUAGCUGAGACGCAGGCAUCUCCUACAGACAGCCCGGUAAUGAGUGCAUCUCCACAGCACAUUCAGAUCAUCUCUGCUGACUCCUCUGUCACCACGCCACAGAGAAUACAGAUUGUGACCGACCAGCAGACGGGACAGAAGAUCCAGAUCGUGACGGCUGUGGAUCCGGCUAGCGUGCCCAAGCAACAAUUUAUCCUGGCUGCCCACGAUGGAACAGCAACGGGAAAAGUCAUCCUGGCAUCCCCCAACAGCCCCAGCCCUAAACAGCUCAUCUUCGCCACAGCCGACAGCCUGGUACCUGGUCGAAUACAGUUCGUCACAGAUGCAGUCUCAGUGGAGAGGAUUCUGGGUAAAGGAGGCGAGGUGGGCCGACCACAACCAGUAGAGUACUGCGUUGUGUGUGGAGACAAAGCCUCGGGGAGGCACUAUGGAGCUGUUAGCUGUGAGGGCUGCAAGGGCUUCUUCAAGCGAAGCGUUAGGAAGAGUCUGACCUACAGUUGCCGCAGUAACCAAGAUUGCGUGGUCAACAAGCACCACCGCAACCGCUGCCAGUUCUGCCGCCUCAGAAAGUGCCUUGAGAUGGGCAUGAAGAUGGAGUCUGUGCAGAGUGAGAGGAAGCCAUUAGACCUGCCCAGAGAAAAACCCGCUAAUUGCGCUGCCUCGACUGAGAAGAUCUACAUCCGAAAAGAUUUGCGCAGUCCCCUCAUAGCGACCCCGACUUUCAUCACAGACAAAGAUGGCACACGCUCUGGUUUAUUAGACCCUGGGAUGCUGGUGAAUAUCCAACAACCGGUCAUCCAAGCUGACGGCACGUUACUCUUAGCAACAGACACCAAGACAGAAAGCGGCCACGGGGAUUUAGGCACACUCGCCAAUGUGGUAACAUCAUUAGCCAGUCUCAGUGAUUCACUCAAUAAUGGUGAUGGGGACAUUUCAGCCAGCCAGCAGGAGGAGUCUGCUAGUGAAAUCACACGUGCCUUUGACACUCUGGCCAAAGCGCUUAACCCUAAUGAGGAAGGAGAGGGUCAGAGCCUGUCCGAGGCGGAGUGUGUGGGUGGAGCAACUAUACAGGUCAUCAGCAGAGAUCAAGUCACGCCUCUUAUAGAGGUGGAGGGUCCUCUGCUGACGGACACACACGUCAACUUUAAGCUGACAAUGCCCAGUCCGAUGCCCGAGUACCUGAAUGUCCAUUAUAUUUGCGAGUCUGCUUCCCGUCUGCUGUUUCUCUCCAUGCAUUGGGCACGCUCCAUCCCAGCCUUCCUUGCUCUUGGGCAGGAGUGUAACACAUCUCUGGUACGGGCGUGCUGGAACGAGUUGUUCACCCUUGGUCUUGCUCAGUGUGCUCAGGUCAUGAGCCUCUCCACUAUCUUAGCUGCCAUUGUCAACCAUCUGCAGAGCAGCAUACAGGAAGACAAGCUGUCUGGUGAACGAGUAAAGUCGGUGAUGGAGCACAUCUGGAAGCUGCAGGAGUUCUGUAACAGUAUGGCCAAGCUGGAGACAGACGGCUAUGAGUAUGCCUACCUCAAAGCCAUCGUCCUCUUCAGUCCAGAUCACCCAGGCCUGAACAGCAGCAGUCAGAUCAAAAAGUUCCAGGAGAAAGCGCAGAUGGAGCUGCAGGAUUACGUACAAAAAACAUAUCCAGAGGACACUUACAGAUUAGCACGAACACUGAUGCGUCUGCCAGCGCUGCGUCUAAUGAGCUCCAGCAUAACGGAAGAACUUUUCUUCACUGGGCUAAUUGGAAACGUGCCCAUUGACAGCAUCAUCCCGUACAUCCUCAAAAUGGAGACCGCCGACUACAAUAGCCAAAUCAGUGGUCCCACCGCAUGACUCCAGAGUGUCCUGUUUUGCACAGGAGGUGCAGACUGAAAUUCUACAAUCCCCCAUUAUCACUUGCCUUCAUUGCAAACCAAUGCAAAAGUUAGGACCAUCAGUUUAUUUUUCCCCUUUCCCUUGCUUCAAGCAUUUUAUUUUCCUGACAACGAGCCGUAACAGUGAUACUUUCUGACUGAAUCUUACUUAAAAGGUUUGCAUUUUAGCUAAAAGAGUGAUGUACCAUGGGAGUUUGAGUUUUGAAACAUAAUAUUGUUUUAUUUUUAAGGAAAAAUGUUAAUCAGCUAUUCUUAUGCACUUGUUUUCCAGUCAGAAAAGUUAUGUUUAAGGGGAAAAAACGUACCUCAUGCACGCUUUUGUAUUAUUAUUUAAGAUUUGUGUAUUAAGGAUUUGAUUUAUCCUCAGCAAACUGAAGUAGCAUAUUGGUAGUAUUUUGGAAAUUAUUUUCACUUUUGAUCCUGAAAAUAACCUCAUUAUGAAAUCUUAUGCAAAAGAGUUGCAUGGGUCGCUCUCUCUGUAACCUAGGGUCCUUGAUCUAAUCUAGGAUCUUUUCUUUGCCUUCCGUAGUCUUUUAAAUAGCCCUAUAUAUGUAUGAGAGGAGAUCAGGCACUUUUAUUUCUAGGAUCAGUUUCCCAGUGCUACACUAAGUUGCAGUGAUGAUCUGUUAUUGAAAUUUUCAUUUUUUUAAGGGUUUAAGACAGAGUUUUGGCUUAAUGUAGGUCAUAUACAUAUACCUGAUAUAUGUGAGCUCUAAAACUGCUAUGAUAUUGGUAGUGACUUAUAAAACAACACCUCUGCUGUUCAGACAAUCAGCAUACAAAAGAAUGAUGCACUCAUCCUGGACAUCAUGUUUUCUUCACUCAUUAUGUCGAUACCAAUUCAGUUGCAUUUCUUUUGUCCAAGUUAUAUGUCUGUUUCAUUCUUUUCCAUUACCCAUAAUAGUUUGAAUUUAUUUUCAUGUUAUAGAAUAAUCUAAGGUCACUCUUCGUUAUAGUUCAGAUUAGUGACAGCGGUAAAUAAUGUAGUGAGCUCCACUGUACCAGCAGGUUUCACACAGCUAGUAUUCCAUUACACUUUAUUUAUUCAUUUUUAAAACAAGCCAUUGUGGCUCGUUCUGUUUGUUUUUUUUUUGGACAUAUGAAAUCAUGACAGCUGUUUUCUGUGAAACGUACUUAAAGUACAAUCAUGCACUUAUGAAUAUUAUGAAAAAAUUAAAGUGUGAAAUACAUCUAUUUACCCUUUUUAGGGUAAACUUCAAACAUAAAGAAGAGAUGAAUAUCUACAUACCGGAAAUGUAUAUGUACUGUAUAAAAGCCUACCUAAAAAUUUGGGUUGAAAACCCAUCCAGACUGUUUUUAUUCGCUGUUGUGAUAUGUUCGAUGAGAUUUAUACUACAUGUAAUUUCAUUAAAAUGAUUGCAUGUCUAUUUUAAACUGUUUUAUUUUCUCUGGCAAUGAGAUGUUAAACUUUGUUUUUGUAUAUAAUGCAUGGAAUAGUUAAUGCAUUUUAUUAAAUGCUGUACCAAGAUGGCGUAUAAAUGUUGUGGCUUGGAAAUACAUAUUUAUCUGCCGGAGACUAAAAGCAAGCAAGUUAUCUUUUUUUUUUUUCUUUUUAAAAUUAACUCAUUUAUGUAUAUUAUAGAUAAACUAAUGAC